AUGACAGGUCCUCACAGCAUCACUCGACAGGUCCUCACAGCAUCACUCGACAGGUCCUCACAGCAUCACACGACAGGUCCUCACAGCAUCACACGACAGGUCCUCACAGCAUCACACGACAGGUCCUCACAGCAUCACACGACAGGUGCUCACCCUCACGGCAUCACACGACAGGUCCUCACCCUCACAGCAUCACACGACAGGUCCUCACAGCAUCACACGACAGGUCCUCACCCUCACAGCAUCACACGACAGGUCCUCACCCUCACAGCAUCACACGACAGGUCCUCACCCUCACAGCAUCAUGCGACAGGUCCUCACAUCAUCACGCGACAGGUCCUCAGGUCCUCACAGCAUCACACGACAGGUCCUCACGGCAUCACACGACAGGUCCUCACCCUCACAGCAUCACGCGACAGGUCCUCACCAUCACAGUAUCACACGACAGGUCCUCACGGCAUCACACGACAGGUCCUCACAGCAUCACACGACAGGUCCUCACCCUCACAGCAUCACACGACAGGUCCUCACCCUCACAGCAUCACACGACAGGUCCUCACGGCAUCACACGACAGGUCCUCACCCUCACAGCAUCACACGACAGGUCCUCACAGCAUCACACGACAGGUCCUCACCCUCACAGCAUCACACGACAGGUCCUCACCCUCACAGCAUCACACGACAGGUCCUCACGGCAUCACACGACAGGUCCUCACCCUCACAGCAUCACACGACAGGUCCUCACAGCAUCACACGACAGGUCCUCACCCUCACAGCAUCACACGACAGGUCCUCACCCUCACAGCAUCACACGACAGGUCCUCACCCUCACAGCAUCACACGACAGGUCCUCACCCUCACAGCAUCACACGACAGGUCCUCACCCUCACAGCAUCACACGACAGGUCCUCACCCUCACAGCAUCACACGACAGGUCCUCACCCUCACAGCAUCACACGACAGGUCCUCACCCUCACAGCAACACACGACAGGUCCUCACCCUCACAGCAUCACACGACAGGUCCUCACCCUCACAGCAUCACACGACAGGUCCUCACCCUCACAGCAACACACGACAGGUCCUCACCCUCACAGCAACACACGACAGGUCCUCACAUCAUCACAUGA